GUGGUUCGGUGGGCAUGGUGGGGUGGGUAGGCCUUGGACAUGGUGACCUUAGAGGUCUUUUCCAUCCUCACUGAUUCUGUAAAUUAUAGAAUGGCCCCAAACAUUUUAGGUGCACUGAAAGAGGGAACCAAGUGGCAUAGAAACGUGCUGCUGUGUUUGUUUUCCAGAAAGAGAAGUGUACAUCUGAUGGUUAUCAGUUUUACUCGGGCUGUCAGUCCUGUUCUCCAUGCCGUCACCGAGGCCGUGUUUUGGGCAGGUUCUGGUUUCGGUGUUGGCAUGUCAUCAUUGAGCAUGGGUCAGACAAAGAGUGGAGAUGGAGAAUGCAUUUCUGACCCUGUGAGUCGGGCUUUUCCAUGCACCGAGGCGCCGAGCUCUUCCGACAAAUGGCUCCUCUGGGACCCACGGAGCCGGCAUCGCUGCAGGCAGGCUGCUGGCUGCUAAGUGAUUAAAACGUGUCAAUUAGCAGAUGGUAAUUGUGCUCGUUAAGCUUGAUUUCACUGAGGUCUGAUGAACCUGGAGAUGCUGCUGUCUCAUUGACAGUGACUUCGUCUUUUUCUCUCUGGGCACAUUUGUUCUGUGCUGAGGUUAUACUCUGUAUUCCUGGUAAGGUGGAGGGAUGAGCACGGAGCCGGGAAGCUCACGUGAUUCUCAAGCAAAGAAUAUGAUGUGAGGAGGGAUGGAAACUGCAUGUUUUCAUUUCUGCUUGCAGCACUCAGGAGGACACAUGAGAGAGUUGUGGGGUAUUCAGGUGUUCCAGGAGUUCCUGAAUGCCAAAAGCCUACUUUGCAUGAGAUCAUUAAGAGGACUAGUUAGUAACAAGGGGAUAAAUGACAGUGAUUUCCUCACUCUGAUGGCCACAACCAGGGGUUGGCCAGCCAGAGCUGUGAUACCACAUCCAGGGGGAUGUAAGGAAACAUUAGAAUGGGAUGGCUUUUUGCAACACGCAGCCCUAUGGAUGUGACAUAGAUUUGACAUGAGGGCAGGGUGUAGUGGCAGCUGCUGGCAGUUGUCACCUCCAUUGGUGAAUUUGCUUGGGGUCCUCCUGCUAGGGGAGGUUCAGAUGGGAAAUAAGGAAAAAUCUCUCCAUUACGAGGCAGUCGGGUGCUGGAACAGGCUCCUGGCAAGGUGGUUGGUGCCAUGUGCUUGGCAGCCAGGCUCAGAGGGGCCCUUUCCAGCUGAGCUGGUCCAUCCUGAGAUCUUUCAGACCCAGUGCAUGCACUCAGAGCAUGGAAGGUGAACACCUGGCGUCUGCAUCUGCUGGUCACUGCGUGGAUCAUAGGAUCACAGAAUCACUGAGGUUGGAACAGACCUCCAAGAUCAUCACCCCAACCCAUGCCCACUGUGUUCACUGAGUGUGUCCCUCAGUGCCACGUCUCCAUGGUUCUUGACUGGGGCGAAGAGCUGCAGGACACAGCGCGGGGCAGAAGUAAUCCCUCCUGGGAAAGCUUUUCCGUGUCCCUCGGAGGACCUAUCACUUAAUUCCCAUGGGAAAAUGGAACAGAAGGGGGAGGUGGCUGUCGCUGCCUAUUGAAGCAGCUCAGCCUCUGAUUACGCCAAGGUCUGCUGAUUAAAGCUUUGCUCGUUAACUUAAUUUGCCCUGCUUCACUGACAGCUGAGCAGUGCGUGACGCAGCCAGUGUCAUUUCCAGCACCAACUUGGGGCGUUUGCAGUGAACCUGGAAGCUUGCAGCGUGCAAGCAGGUCGGACUUGGUGAUCCUUGUGGACCCCUUCCAGCUUGGGAUGUUCUGAGAUGCUGAGCAGGGAAGCUUUUCCAUCUCAAAUAUCCAUGGGUUGGGUUCUCCGCUCUUGUUUUGUUCUCAGGUUGGAUUUUUUUACUGGGUGCAGAGAUUUGGUUAGAGGGCCCUGGAAUCAUAAAAUCAGUAAGGUUGAAAAAGAACUCUCAGAUCAUCAAGUCCAUCUGUUGACCCAUCACCACUGUGCCCACUAACCACGUCCCCAGGUGCCACAUCUAUGUGUUCCUUCAAUCCUUUUUGUUGUUAUUUUAUGUUCCUGCCCUUCCUUUCUCCACCACCCCAUGAAGUUUCAAGCAACUUUCCAGCUCUCUCCCAAGUUGUCAUCCCUUAUUCUUGUGCCCAAGCAACGCAACGUUGUGGCUCAGAAUUGAAAUCUCUUCUUUUUUGUCCUAAAGCUGCUGUCAGAAGCAAGCAGGAGCACAGCAGAUGGCAGCGUACCAGUAUUAAAUGGUUCUGAGACUGUGGGCUGCUGCUGCUGGCGGCACAGUGCUUGGUGCAUGGGCAAAGGAUUCUGCCAGCAGAGAUGUUUGGCAUGUUCUCAAAGGAUUGGUCAGCCUGCCCAGGGCAAUGCAUAUAUGACAUGGGUUUAGGCUUGCAAGGGAAUGGCUAUAAUAAGAUUAUCAUCUUUUUUUUUUUUUUUUUUUCCCUUGUAGCAUUUCUCUUCUGGCUGAGCAUGUUUGCAGAGGGGCAGCUGGCAUGGGAUGUGCAGAGCUUUGCUGUGAGUCACAUGAGUCAAAUGACCAGGGGUCUCCCUGGCCUCUUAGGUCCCUUCCAACCCAACCAUUCUGAGACCUUCAAGGUCCCUUCCAACCCAACCAUUCUGAGACCUUCAAGGACCCUUCCAGCCCAACCAUUCUGAGACCUUCAAGGUCCCUUCCAACCCAGCCAUUCUGAGACCUUCAAGGUCCCUUCCAACCCAACCAUUCUGAGACCUUCAAGGUCCCUUCCAACCCAGCCAUACUGAGACCUUCAAGGACCCUUCCAACCCAGCCAUUCUGAGACCUUCAAGGACCCUUCCAACCCAGCCAUUCUGAGACCUUCAAGGUCCCUUCCAACCCAGCCAUUCUGAGACCUUCAAGGACCCUUCCAGCCCAACCAUUCUGAGACCUUCAAGGACCCUUCCAGCCCAACCAUUCUGAGACCUUCAAGGUCCCUUCCAACCCAGCCAUUCUGAGACCUUCAAGGUCCCUUCCAACCCAGCCAUUCUGAGACCUUCAAGGUCCCUUCCAACCCAGCCAUUCUGAGACCUUCAAGGUCCCUUCCAACCCAGCCAUUCUGAGACCUUCAAGGUCCCUUCCAACCCAGCCAUUCUGAGACCUUCAAGGUCCCUUCCAACCCAGCCAUUCUGAGACCUUCAAGGUCCCUUCCAACCCAGCCAUUCUGAGACCUUCAAGGUCCCUUCCAACCCAACCAUUCUGAGACCUUCAAGGUCCCUUCCAACCCAGCCAUACUGAGACCUUCAAGGACCCUUCCAACCCAGCCAUUCUGAGACCUUCAAGGACCCUUCCAACCCAGCCAUACUGAGACCUUCAAGGACCCUUCCAACCCAGCCAUUCUGAGACCUUCAAGGUCCCUUCCAACCCAACCAUUCUGAGACCUUCAAGGACCCUUCCAGCCCAACCAUUCUGAGACCUUCAAGGACCCUUCCAACCCAACCAUCCCAUGAUUCUAUGAUCUUUAAGGACCCUUCCAACAGAGGUUGAUUUUUUUAAUUCUGUGAUUGUUAAGGUCCCUUCCAACCCAUCCAUUCCAUGGCUCUCUGACUCUGGGAUUCUAGCAUUCCAUGACUGAAAUGAUGAUGUGGUCAGUUAAAGCCGGCGAAGGCUUGCUACAAUGCUGCCUUCCUCACUCUCCUGCCCUCCUCUCCAAGUUUAAUUUGAACAGAAAUAUACAACCCCAGUAAUUCUCUCAGCCAGUAUUCAAAUCUCGUGCAAGCUGCACUUCUGCCUUUUAAAGACACAAUUUCAAGCUGCAUGCUCCAUGGCAGAGCCAUGUGCCUUGUUCAAAGUACACUCCUUUCUCCUGGAGGAUCCUGCAGCUUUACCCAGCACUGAUGUUUUACUGCUCAAAGAGCUCCACAUCCCCGGAGUGCUGCAAACCUCACGGGGAAAAUCAGUUGUUUUAAAAAUAAAUUUUUCUCUGAUGAUAAAAUCUAGCAGUGGGAUCUCAUAAACAGCCUGAUUGGAUCAGAUCUGCAUCCGACGCAUUGCUGGAGUGCUGCUGGGUAUUGUAGAUAUCUGUACAUUCUGGGUAUUCCUUACUUCAAAAGAAGUAGUUAAAGAGAGCGGAAAAUAAUUUGCCUAAAUGACCUAAAGUGUUAUAUUUAAAUUUAUUCACAUUAUGUAUAUGGUUAUAACUAAAAAAUCCACACAGGACAUUUUCUUCAUGUCCUAACCGUGAGGGCAGUCAAACUCUGGAAUGGACCCUUAGCAGCGUGGGUGAGGUUUGAGAAACAUUUUGAUAAUGCCCUCAGGAAUGUGCUUUAACAUUUGGCUAUCCCUUUUGAGCAACUCUUCUAUUCCAUUCCAUUCUAUUCCAUGCUUCUCCAUUCUCCUCCUCCUCUUCCUGCUCUUCCUCCAUUCUUUUCCAUUCUCCUCCUCCAUUCUGCUCCAUUCCAGACAUGACACCAGCAGGUACAUGUGCCAUAGGAAGGUUUUUAUUGCCAUAAAGCCCCAGCCUUCAGUUUCUGCAAACACUUUAAGUUAAGUUGGUGGUUCAGGCAGUUGACAGGCACAGAAGUACUCCAGAACUGGGCUGUGUGGAAGGCAGAGGGUGGAACGCAGACAACGGUGGGGUAAGUUAAUGAGAAAAUGAGACUUGAGUUCAACUUGUAAGAGCUUAGUGGAUCCUUUAAAGACUCUGCAUCUGUUUUGGUGCUGACAGAAAGUCUUGAAUUGGGAGAAUUCAUCGUUUCCUGUCCUCUUGGGAAGGAGAUCUCUGAGCACCAGGAGCUGGGAGCAGCCCGACAUUAAUUAACUUGUCGAACUCACGCUUGCAAGUUAGCCUGAAGCUGGGCAGACCUCAAAUUCACUCAACUGUCCCUUGUUUUAUUCACAGCAGAAGGCUCAAAUGCUUUUUCCUCGGGCUCUCGCUCCCCCUCGUGACCAUGUGUGGCUUUUGCAGCCCAUCAUAUGCAUUAAACUCUCAUUAUCUUAAUUCUCCAAGCAGCCUAACGUGCUGCUGAGCGCAGCCUCAUCCCCACUCUUCUGGUGCCACAGUAGGGACUGAGCCAUUAAAUUUCCUCUGACUUUUCAGCAGAGGACCUGGUGUGUGAACUUCUACAUUUUUCUGCUUGUUCCAUUCAGACUUGCUGAUUCUCCUUCUCCAAUGAGACCUUCGCUCGUGUUUUUUGGUGACCAUGAAGACUUGAGCCGAUCCUCUUCUCUGCUCUGAAAUAUAUUGCGAAGAAAAAGAGUGUCCUUGGUUCCUUGAGCCUGGUGCCCAUCUCAUCUCUGUGAAUUGGGCUCUUUUAAAGCUUUUUCUGAACUUUUCUCGUCCCUUGAACCUAUGGCAGCCAAGCUACACAGUUUUUUUUCGUGUUUUGUUGUUGUUGUUGUUUUUGGUUUUUUUUGUCAGUGAAGGGUGUAGAAUAAAACAGCUCCAUUGGAAGGGACCCACAAAGAUCACUGAGUCCAACUGCCCGAGGUCCUCAGGGCUCACCAGUUCUAGGGACGUGGUGUAGUGAUGGGUCGAUGUUUGGGCAUGAUGAUCUUAGAGGUCUUUUCUAACCUUAAUGAUUCAGUGAUUCUGUGUCAUUGAGGGCAUUGGCCAAAUGCUUCUUGAACACUGAUGUGGGCAGGCUGGAAUGCAUGACCUGGUCUUGAUGCAGAUGUGCACAGGUUGACGGUCCUUGGUGCAAAUGACUGCAGGAUGAUGAUAUAGAUGUCCACCAGGACUGGGCCCCAUAUAGUCAGCUCACCCAACUAAGGCAAAAGACCCAUAUCCCAUUUGUUGACCCAUAUUCCUAAUUUGUUGACAGGGACAGCCAAGUGCCCUUGUUCCUUAUUUAAGUAUUUUGAAGGCUAAGAAGAGCAUGUCAAAGAUAACCUGGAGCGUCAGCAUGGUUUGUAAGUCAGCAGCUCUUCCUCCUAUGGUAACGGUGUUGGCAAACGAUGCGAGUGAGUUGCUGCAGUUCAUCUGGGAAUCCUGCAAGAACAAAUCCUGUAGGUUUGGAAAAUCUCAGCUGCUUGUCCCUUUGGGCUGCAGCAGUCAGGCUAUGUGCAUUUUUGCUGGUAAGGUAUUUGUGUGUUGCUUGGAGCUGAGGAUAAAAUAGCCCAAAGCAGUGCUGAACAGAGGCUGCUUUCACUCAGGAAGGAGGAGCGUGCCAGCGGGGCGAAAAUCUCACCCAAACCAAAUGAACUUUCCCCAGUUUCUGUUCAUUGAGGUGGUUCAGACAAAAUUCAUCUGCUUUGCAGGAAAAGAGGAGUGUGUAAGGUGUGUUAGCCCUGGAUUUUUCUGCCUGCUAGCAGCAGAGGGAGCUGCAGCCAUGGGAUUACAAAGUCUAUUUGCAACCAUAUUGAGUUUAAAUCCAGCAGUAGAGGCAUCUGGCUACCUGCAGCUGAAGAAAUGAGCUGGGCAAGGCACCCGGCAUGGGAUUGGGGGCAAAAAUGAGGAACCCAGCAAACUCCUGGAACUGGGCAUGGCACUGGCACUGAUGGAGCUGGGGAAUGGCAGAGCCUGCACCACUGCUUUCCAUAUGCCAGCAUGGAUGAUCCAGUUUGCUGACCAGAAGCAGGAGUUCAAUAAGCGCCCAACGAAAAUCGGCCGCCGCUCGCUGUCCCGCUCCAUCUCGCAGUCAUCGACGGACAGCUACAGCUCAGCUGCCUCCUACACCGACAGCUCUGAUGAUGAGACCUCCCCCCGGGACAAGCAGCAGAAGAACUCCAAAGGCAGCAGUGAUUUCUGUGUGAAAAACAUCAAACAGGCAGAAUUUGGGCGUCGAGAGAUUGAAAUUGCUGAGCAAGAAAUGCCCGCACUGAUGGCAUUGAGGAAGAGAGCUCAGGGAGAAAAGCCUCUGGCUGGUGCUAAGAUCGUGGGCUGCACACACAUCACAGCCCAGACAGCGGUCCUGAUGGAGACCCUGGGUGCGCUGGGAGCCCAGUGCAGGUGGGCUGCCUGCAACAUCUACUCCACCCUCAAUGAAGUGGCUGCUGCCCUCGCCGAGAGCGGAUUCCCCGUCUUUGCUUGGAAAGGAGAAUCUGAAGACGAUUUCUGGUGGUGCAUCGAUCGCUGCGUCAACGUGGAGGGGUGGCAGCCCAACAUGAUUUUGGAUGAUGGAGGAGAUCUCACUCAUUGGAUCUACAAGAAAUAUCCCAACAUGUUCAAGAAGAUCAAGGGGAUCGUAGAGGAGAGUGUCACUGGAGUGCACAGGCUCUACCAGUUGUCCAAAGCAGGGAAGCUCUGUGUCCCAGCUAUGAAUGUCAAUGAUUCAGUGACGAAGCAGAAGUUUGACAAUUUGUACUGCUGCAGAGAGUCCAUCUUGGAUGGCCUGAAGAGGACAACAGACAUGAUGUUUGGAGGGAAGCAGGUGGUGGUGUGUGGCUAUGGGGAGGUGGGCAAGGGCUGCUGUGCGGCGCUGAAGGCCAUGGGCUCCAUCGUCUAUGUGACUGAGAUCGAUCCCAUCUGUGCCCUGCAGGCCUGCAUGGAUGGUUUCCGGCUCGUAAAACUCAAUGAAGUCAUCAGACAGGUGGACAUUGUCAUCACCUGCACAGGCAACAAGAAUGUGGUGACCAGGGAGCACCUGGACCGGAUGAAGAACAGCUGCAUCGUCUGCAACAUGGGGCACUCCAACACCGAGAUUGAUGUGGCAAGCCUGCGCACACCCGAGCUGACCUGGGAGCGGGUGAGGUCCCAGGUGGACCACGUCAUCUGGCCAGAUGGGAAGCGAAUAGUGCUGCUGGCGGAGGGCCGCCUACUGAACCUGAGCUGCUCCACAGUGCCCACCUUCGUGCUGUCCAUCACUGCCACCACGCAGGCUUUGGCUCUGAUAGAGCUGUACAACGCUCCCGAGGGCCGCUACAAGCAAGAUGUGUACCUGCUGCCUAAGAAAAUGGAUGAGUAUGUGGCGAGCCUCCACCUCCCGACAUUCGACGCGCACCUGACAGAGCUCACGGACGAACAGGCCAAGUACCUGGGGCUGAACAAGAACGGGCCCUUCAAACCCAACUACUACAGGUAUUAAGUUCCUGCCGCUGUAGCCACGAGGAACAGAACCCAAAUCCUUUCUCAACUACUGUACAGGAUGAAGCAGCGCAAGCUUGCUACGCUCGAGCCGGGCUUGCUCUCGUAGUAGACCGUGUGUUAGGUUAUUUAUUUAUUGAAUUAGAGUUCUGUGCGCGGCUCUGCCUCGUGUUCGUGCUGCCGCGGACUGGGAGACGCUCCGUUUCUUCCCCUUCGUUUCGUUUCUCUCUUUUCUGGUCGUUCCCAUUCGGGGCUGUGUGAGGAUGAGGGCGAGGAAGGAGCUGAUGGGGUGGGGACUCCCCGGCGCUGCGCUGCUGCUCCGUUCCCAGUGCCAAUCUUUGCCGUGAACCAAAGUUUCCUUCCUGCUGCUCACGCUGCUCCGAAUCACGGCCGGAGCGCAACGGCUGACGGCACCCACGUGAGGUCCUCUGCAGCCUCAGGGGGAACACGCAGAGCCUGAUCUCCCGGUGACAUUCCUCCAUCAGAUCCAUCCGACCCCCUCUGGGCGGAGGAGCCGCCUGCACCACCCCGUCGGUGCGGAGUUGGGAACUGCCAUAAUUCCGCAGUGCUGAACCGCGACGCGUUGGAGCCGAUGGAGGUUGGCCAACUGUUGGCCACAACGCAGAGCUCCAGGGUGGCAUCCCGGCUCUCCACGUCCCGUAGGCACCGCUCGAUCCGAGCACCUUCCUGAAGAGCCCUUUGGCUGCCUCUGGUCGCUGCCCGCCGCGGAUCCUCGCGGUGUCCUCAACGUCGCUCACGCACAAUAGAGGAGGAACUGUGGAAGUGCGGCCCCGCGGCCACAUCCUGCAGCAAACGGUUCUGCCUACUCCAGAACUGCGCCCGGAUAGGAGAUUUUGGGAAGAGUCCACGGAGCUGUUGGAGGUUUUAUUCAGGGGGCAGCACUGGGCUGAGCGUCCCUACACUGAGCAUUCGUACGUUGAGCGUUCCUAACGCUGAGCUUCCCAACGCUGAGCAUCCAUCCCUACAUGGAUCAGUUUCCCAAUGCUGAGUAUCUACACGUUGAGCACCCCAAAAUGGAGCUCAGCACCCCAAAAUGGAGUUCAACAACUCAAUGUGGAGCCCAGCACCCCAACAGUGAGCUCAACACCCCAGCGUGGAGCUCAGCACCCAACUUGGAGCUCAGCACCCAACUUGGAGCUCUGGACCUCAGCAUGGAGCUCAGCACCCAACAUGGAGCUCAGCACCCAACAUGGAGCUCAGCACCCAACUUGGAGCUCUGGACCUCAGCAUGAAGCUCAGCACCCAACAUGGAGCUCUGGACCCCCACAUGGAGCUCAGCACCCAACGUAGAGCUCAGCACCCCACACUGAGCUCAUCACUGCCCCAGGAUCAUCUCUCCCGGCAGCUGUGCCGAUUUCUAAGCCCCGAUUUAUCUUCAUUUAUCUUCCAGGUGAUAGGACAAAAAAAUAACAAUAAAAAAAGACCCCCCAAAUGGCCCCACCUUUUCACACCUCUAUUUUUAAAGUUCUUCUCCGUGUCAUUCUGCUUCUCCUGUCAGCUUUUCCGCUUGCUUGGCUUUUCCUAAUCAAUCUGGAAUUAUAAUAUUCUGUGAUCAUCUCUAAAUUAAAACGUGUUAAUUUUUUUUUCUUCUUCUUCUUCUUUUUUUUUUUUUUAAUGUAACACAUUUUUAAAGAAUUAGGAAAAGGAGAUUUAGGUAACACCAGCAAAAUCGCAUAAGGAGAAUAAAUCAGUUCUGAUCUUUAGAAACAAAUGAGACAAAACCCAUCGUCGUCAGCUGCAGAGAGGGCAGCAAAACUUGGAGAACAUUUUCAAAAGGGUGUUUUAAUUAUUGAUGUCUGAGUGAUUGUAUUAGAGCAGCAAUAAAGACUCUGUAAUCUCAAAACAGAAAUAAAACAUUGGAAAACC